GACUUGAAGUCAACCUUGACCUUCAAUAAUAAACAAAAAUCGCUGAAAAUGGCGGAGGAAGCUGCGAACUCGGAAGCGGGAACGGGUGGUAUUAUGUCUCGAUUUGUUUCAGAACUUGUUGGAAGUCCAUUGAAUAUUGCACUACUUGGAAUUUGUGCGUUUUUAUUGUAUAAAAUUGUGUCGAGUAACCGGAAAUCUGCUCCACCACCACCUCAAGAACCCGAAUUGCCGCGGAUGAAGAAAAGGGACUUUACACUGGAACAGUUGCGUGAAUAUGACGGGAAAGGUCAGGAUGGCAGGGUUUUGGUUUCUGUCAACACAAAAGUAUUUGAUGUGACAAGAGGAAAGCGGUUUUAUGGACCAGGAGGACCAUACGCAGUGUUCGCAGGACGAGAUGCGUCAAGAGGACUGGCCUUAUUUUCACUGACAGAAGAAGCGAUCAAAGAUGAAUUUGAUGAUUUAUCAGACCUAACUACAAUGCAAAUGGAGAGUGUACGGGAAUGGGAAAUGCAAUUUACAGAAAAAUAUGACUUCAUUGGUAGAUUACUGCGACCAGGUGAAGAGCCUAGAGACUACACUGACACAGAAGAUGAGCCAUCAUCUGAGGAAAAGAAAGAGACUGACAAGAAAACGGACUGAUGCUACAGAUGUCAUGUCAUACAUGGUGUGAGAGGAACUUCUCUACAUCAUGGGGUUCAAUGUAUUACGUCCAUAUCUCUGAAGUCUAGUGUCAGACUGAUUAAAUUCCUCCUCCGCCAAAAUUAUGUAUUGAUAGUUUCAAAUGUUGAAAUUCACUGCUAAAACCAGAUACAAUAUAUAUGAAUAUUUAAAAAAAUUGUUUGAUGGAAGAGAAAAAUCGUGAAAACCUUAUCAAGAAUGGAUUAAAAACAAAUUGUUAAUGUUAUGAUCAAGGUAUAGGUUUUGAACACCUUCAAGACUGUUGUUUCAAGGGCUGAUCCAGCAUAGUCCUUUUUAGUUCCAUUUUAUACAAAGUAAUCAGACCUCACUGUGCAUGUUUAAUAGUAAAUUUAUCUUAAAAUUUUGUUUUCAAGUUUCACUGUCAUUACAAUCUUGAGAAAUUUAUCCAGUGAAUCAUUUUGUUUUAGUUACAGAAGCUAAAUGAUUUGUAAACUGGGCAUAUGGGACUAGCAUUUGUAACUUAUUUUAGGUUUAUACUUUUGGACUUGACAAAUCCAACAAUUAUCACAAGGGCAUGUAUAACUGUGAAACAACAUGUUAUAACUUCAUCCAAUUAAUUCAACAAUCACACACAAAAAUCUGCUUUGUAAACAAAAUCACAAGGUAUGGGAUGAACACACAAUAGUUUUUACAAUCCAGGAAAGAAAAAAGUUUCCACAUUUAGCUCUAGUCAGAAACAUUUCAACAGCAUUGAUGUAAAGCAAUUUUCCAUCAGAUUACUGCUUUGUUUAUUUCUCUGUGAAUGUAUCGAUAGCAAUACUGCGGGGAGGAAUGUAAUCCAAAAUGAACCCUGAGCUUUCUUUUCAUAGACAGUUUCAUCACGGUGCCAAUAUCAUCGUUUUCAUCAUCAUCAUUGUUAUCAUCAUCAAGCCACAUUUCUCCCAUUGAUCACAGAGUUGUGUUCAUUUCACUAUUCUGUAAUGUUUAAUGUCCUAGAUUUGUUCUCGUUAGUUUUCCAGCUUUAGCACUGUCAUUUUCUGGGACCAUGAAAUGGUACCGUAAGCUUUGUAAAUUAUAAGUUCCUUCUUCGUCAAUAUGUUGUGUACAAACAGAUUGGUGAUUUUUAGCUCACCUGGCCCAAAGGGCCAAGUGAGCUUAUGCUUUGGUGCGGCGUCCGUCCGUCAUCAAUAU